AUGGUAGAGAAUUUUGUCGGCUCGGAAGUAGGAGAUGGUCGCUGCGUCUGCAGCGGGGUUGAUCUCGAGAGUGUCAUCUGCGCGAGGACGGAUACCAACAAGCCCGGAAAGAACGAGAUCAAUGAAGCCGGAGUGGAAGUAGUGUGGGGAGCGAGCGAGACCGACGAUGGGGAGACCAGUGUCUGCAUCGUAGUCUUCCUCAAUGUCAAGAAUACCACCUCUGUUCUGGUUGUAGUGCAGCUGGGCGUAUUGUUUCAGCAGGUUUGUGUAAUCCGCUUUGCUGAUGACCUUGGCCGCUGCGGCCUUGGGAUAGUGGUCAAGCAAGUUGGCGAGGGCGGCGAGGAGUUGGGUCGUCUGAUACGGCCACGCAGGACCGUUCCACUGGCAUUCCCGCUGGGUGCCCUCAUAUCGAUACUGUCGCAUAUAGUACUCAUAGCUAGGCUCGUUGGUACGAAGCCCAUGUGUUCCAGCGAACUUCGUCGAAUCGGUCAGGUGAGUCCAUGCUUGGGCAAAAGCCUCGGUGUCAUCCGGAAGGUCAUGUGUCCAAGGAACAUAACCAACAAGCUCUCGCCCUCGGAUGAAAUCCCAGUACUUGACGUUCGCGUUAUCGACUUUGUACCUGUCGAUGAAGUGCUCGAAGGUACUGUUCCAGAGUGA